UGAUGAAGAUAAAGAGUAAGAGGAGGAAGAACAAUAAGAAGAAGAAAAUACAAAGUGGCAACAUUUAGUCGAUAUCAUUGAUCUAAACUAUCAAAUUACAUUGUAUCACAACUUUAAUCGAGUUGAUCAUGAAAUGGUUGAUUAAAUAUUGGAACAAAAGCAACAGUUACGAUGAUAAUAGAAAAACGAUAAUUUAAACCCGGUGAAACACCUACUUUUUAACUUGUAUUAAUUUUGCGUGUUAACUGUUCAUUAUAAUUUAAUUCAUGGGUUAUCUAAUUAAUUUUAAUCUAAAGUGUCAAUUUUAUUUAUUUAAAGUGGUUGGAUGAUUUAGUGUGAACUUUGGCUACAAUCUUUUUUGAGAUACAAUAUUCAAUUAUAAUGUCUAAUGAAUAAUAAUGAAUAAUAUCCUUCAAUUUUUGUUUUUUAACAUUUGUUGGUGGUUACAAUGGGGAAAAGAUUCAACAAGGUAUAUUCAUUUUGAAUGAGAGCAUGAAAAGUUCUUUAUCGAGAUUCUCUUUUCUCUUUUCUCGCAUGUUUUUCUUGUGUUCUGCUUUCUUUUGGCGAACUGAAUCUUUGGCAGUUUUGUAUUCUUUCUCAAUAGUCUCUAGACGCCGCAGUGUCUCUUCUUUUGUCUUUUUAUUUCUUUCCAGCCUUUCUGAUUCGUCUUGUUUAUCUGCAGAUCACGGAGAUGAACUUCCAACUCGCCAUUAUUAUUCCUAAUUUCCUGAAUCUGAGCUGAUUGUUCCUUUUCCAUUUUAUCGCUUCUUUUCUUCAACUCUUCGAUAUGAGCUUGCUUUGUCUUGCAUGAGAAUUUGAUGCUUUCGAUUUCGUUUUCCAAUAAAACAAUCUUUUCUUCAGAUGUUUCCAAUCUUUCUUUCAAUUCAUGCAUUUAUUUGCUCUUCAAGCAGGUCAGUUUCUUCUUCAAUUCGCAAAUUGGCAGCGAAUUCGUUUAUUCAAUAGAUUCGGACACAUCAACUGCAUUUUUUGAUUUGGUCAUUACUCAUGGUGGGAACAAUACAUUCUUGGAGACAAUUUAUGCUGGAAAACCUUUGAUUGUGGUUCCCUUUUUCAUGGAUCAACCUGAUAAUGCUCAACGAGCUGUUGAUUGUGAAAUUGGCUCUCGAAUCAACCUUUAUGAAAUUGAAGAAGUUAAAGUUUUAAACACUAUCGAAGAAACAUUAUCGAACCCAUCAUAUGCUGAGAAAAUUGCCAAAAUAUCUGCUUCUAUGAAGUCACCGAAAAACAAAGAGAAUGUUGUCCGAAAAAUAGAAAAUUUCAUGGAAAAUAAUCGAAAGUAAUAACUGAAAACUGUUUGAAUUAAAUAAGAAAAUGUUCAAUUAAAUUGAAUCUUUAAUAAUUUUUCACUAUUCACUAUUCACAUGAAUAUCUCUUCGACUUUGGUGUUAGCCUUG